UACACAUUGGCAGAGUUUUUCUUAUUUGUGAAUUUGCAUGGCUAUCGAUUCUGAAUUUGUUGUGAAAGGCAUUUUGCAAGUUGUACCACUAGCUAGUUGGUUAGCUGGUUGUCUCGCCGCCAGCUGAUGACUAAUGAUUUUCAGCCAGUUGAGGACACGGCCAUCCGCUCUGUUUUCCCCCAAGAAGCAUAUGGCGUUUUUAAAAGAUACGACUUUUAUGUCCAGUUUGUUAUAUUUCUUUUGAAUUUGAUUCGAUUUGUUGUUUUAGAUCAAAUCUCCAACAAACGUUAUUGUAGCUGUAGCCUGCUUAUUUUUUCAAACGAUUGUUCUGUAAGGGGACGUUUUAAGAGCCCCAACACUUAGUCUGAACGUUACGCCUUGAUCUGACUGCGUAAUACAUUCUGCAGUCACUUUUUUCAUUAUACAAUCCAAAAUGUUUUGUGGAUAUGUGUGCAGCAGAAAUUCAAUAUUCACCCUUUUCUAAUGUUUCUUUAAGUCUACGCUAUGGAUAAAUCCAACGAACGCACCGCAACUGCCUCUGCAAUGCAAUGCUGCUGAGUUCCAUUGGAAGUGAAUGUACCUCUGGUGUACCAUGACACCUUGUGCACACGGUUGCUUUAAAACCUCUUAAGGAUCCGCCCCUUAUUUUUGAAAUGACAUACCUAACGGACUGACUACAUCGCUAGCUUUGUGUGUGCAAGCGUUGCAAAGUCAAUGUAGAAAUCUAUAUUAUUCAAUUAUUGCACUCACACUGCUUGCGCGCCAUCAUCUGGUUGUGAUAUAGUCGCCUUCUGCUACUAUUUCCGUUCUACAGCAUACGUUCGGCCGCGUUCGAUAUUUCCAACGUACCACACAGAAACGCAACUGCCUCAGAAACGCAACGCUGCAAGGCGAACGCGACGUUACGUUGGAAACAAAUGUAAUUCUGGUGAUACCAAAAAUGCGAUGUCGCUGUCGGUGUGUUCGCCAGCGUAUGUCAAAUUCAGUGUUCUGUAGUAACUUGUGUUCGCGGUGUAUUCUUCUAAAAACCUAAAGGUUAAAUUAAUAAACUACCCUGUUUAUUUAGAUUUAGGGUAACCCACAAGGUCAUGUUUACGGAAAACAGACCGAAGGCCGUCUGAAAACACGUGUGUAAAUGUGUUGUUGCUGUCUACAACUGUGAUGAAACAGCUUUGCGUUGCUAUUGGAGCGUUGUGCUGCUCCCCUUUCCAGCCCGCUGAGUCUGAUUGGAGGGCUGGGAGUUGGAAUCCCGCCCCCGCAGCGCCUCUUAUGCCACGCCUCCCUGCUUCUGGCCCAGCUCAAAGCACAGCUCACCAUCAAUCAGCUCGUUGCCGCGGGAAACAUCGCCAACGCCGUUACCUGCGCCAACCAUCCACUACCCUCCCCUCACCCCCAUCCUCCUCUUGCCCUCUUCCUCAACCUCUUGAAAGCGGUAUCCACCACCAAUAACAUGUACCAUCCCCUAUAUAAUCCGUCAGGGGGUCAGUACUCUUCACAAGCCCAGAGAACACCAGCUCAGAUGGGACGGUAUGGACUCACACAAGCCCAGUCCGGGAUGGACCCUCUGUUGGCCUCACGCCUGGGUCUGGGCCCUGUCUCUGCUGGUGGUUCCUCUGGUUUUUCCAGCCAGGGGGGCAUGAUGUCCUCGAUGGGGUACAACCUGGGGCAGAGAUCAACCGGGAUGACCCCGGAGUUGGAGAUAGACCACCACAUCCGCUGGGCCAGAGAGGACGUGAGACUGCUCAGCCAGAUGGUGCAACAGAAACAGAACCAGCAGACCCAAAUGAAUCUUCGCCUGAAUCGCAACCCCGGGGAUGAGCUUUCGUCUAGGGUAGGGAUGGGUAGCUACACCUCUGGCCGGUCCUGCAUCGACCAGCAGAGCUCCAUGGCCUCCUGGUCUGGCCACCUGACCCAGUCUGCUUCCUCUAAACUCUUCUCCUCCCCCCUCCCUCAGUCGUCCCCUUCCACCUCCCAGAUGUACCAAAGCCAAACCUCUGGGUUUGGUGGUGCGGGAGAGCCGGGACCCACCUCAAUGGGUUCUGAGGCGCCCCUGAGUGUCUCCGCCUCGUCUGGCACCGAUCCUCCAGCCCGGUACACACCAGAGUCCGCCAGCAACAUCCUGGCGAGUUUUGGCUUGUCCAACGAGGACUUGGAGCUCCUGAGCCACUAUCCAGACGAUCAGCUGACCCCAGACAACCUGCCCUUCAUCCUCAGAGACAUCUGCAUCCGUAAGGCCAAUAGAAACAUUGAUGUGGACCAUCGGCAUGACAACAGACCCAGCCCGGGGUCGGACCACUUCGGACAGAGCAAUGUUAUCGAUUAUGGAAAUAUUGAUGCUUCUAAAUACGACAGUUAUGACCAUGUUCGAUCCAAUAGUUACGGCGGACAAGAUCCGCUCCCGAAAGAGUCGUUGAAAUACUCUGUCAGGGACUCUCCAAGCGGGCACACCGGGACACCGUAUGGCAGUGUUGGAAGACCCAUGACCUCAGUCCUUUCCGAGCAACAGCAGAUUUGCAGCGCUGCAGUCCAGAGUUCUAUCUCUCUCCCCAAGAAUGACAACGACUCUCGUAUCGGUCUUCCUCCGCCUUCCAGCCUGACCCAAAAGACCCUCAAAAGCCACGACUUAUCUAAAGCAGCACCCAAACCUAUGAACAUCCCUGUCCACGGCGGAGACCAAGGACUCGACCGACUCCUCUCAUCUCAGAAUCGAGGCACUGCUCGAGGCCAGGUUCAGCCUCGGUCCGACCUGGUGGUUCUUAGUGGUGGAGUUGGAGGAGAUGCAAGACUCAAGAUCGGAGGUAUCCCAGUGGGGAUUCCUCCUCCCACGCCACCCCUCAUGUGGCCUCCCCUAUUCCCCGUCAUGAAUCCGGCGGUUCCCCCUCCCGGUCACGUUCCGGUGACUUGUCCGCCUCCUCAGAUGGGUCCGCCUCCCCGGAUAGGUCCACCUCCCCGGAUAGGUCCGCCUCCCCUGGUGGGUCCGCCUCCCCAGAUGGGUCCACCUCCCCGGAUAGGUCCGCCUCCCCUGGUGGGUCCGCCUCCCCUGAUGGGUCCACCUCCGUCGACGUUCCAGCAGAUCAACAUCCCACCCCCAACGUUGAUGGUACCGACGAGGUUGCCGGCCCCGACCACGAUGAGCGAUUACUCCGCAGCUUCUCCCAGAAUCUUUCCUCAUACCUGUUCUCUCUGUAACGUAGAAUGUGCCCAGCUAAAGAACUGGAUUGCGCAUCAAAACACCAGCCUCCACAUCGACAACUGCCGGCUGCUCAGGAAAUUGUAUCCUGACUGGAACGGGGAAACUGUAUCAAGCCCUGCUCCCAGUAGAAAUGACAACAACCAGAGUUCUUCCAAACGUCGCCAGACCAACUCCCGUUCUCUGUCCCGUUCUCCUUCUCCUCGCCUCUCCUCCUACCGCACCACUUCCUCCUCUGCUCGCCGACCUCGAUCCAGGGAACGAUCCCGCUCCCGGGAACGUAGACACAGCGCCGGUAGACGGCGUUCCCGGUCUCCUGGUUCGCGUCGGGAGCGUGACCCUCCGGCGUCGUCGUCUUCGCACCGGGAUCGGGAACGUCGGCGUUCCCGCUCGCCCCAGACAACUUCUUCAUCCCGGAGGAGGUCGCGUUCUAGGAGCUAUGAACGGGAGCGUCGGGAGGCGAGGAAGAGGAGCCCUUCAGGAGGAGGGAAGACCAGCCAGCAGAAGUCUAGCAGUGCUGAGAGACUGGCCAAGAAACUACUGGAGUCAUCUGCCGGCCUCUCCCUGACUAAGAACACCAGUCUAGAAGUUCUGAUGCAGUCCCUGGCCCCUGCUCUCCUGGCCGAGCUCGCCAAAAAGAAAGGAGUCACUUCUGCCAAGGGAGGUGCCGGCAAGGGAGGCCGCUCCUCCUCCCGGAAGACUGAAACGGGAACGUCCAAGGGUGGCAAGGCAGGCACCGGAUCUGGGAGGACAUCAAACAAGAAAUCCUCCUCGCCCUCCAAAUCAUCCUUCAAAUCGUCCAGCUCAGCUCCUUCCAAGACUAAGAAGAAGGGAGCACCAGGGACCUCCGCUCUGUUAAGACUGAAGAAUAUCCCCCAACACACAGCCCAUGAUGAGGUGGUGAAGGCCGUGGAACCCUUCGGAAAGAUCAACACCGUCAUUCAGCUCAAGCCCAUACAGCAGGCAUCUGUGUUGUUUGAGAGGGAGGAGGAUGCUAAGAAGCUGGCUAGCUGUAAGAACCUGACCAUCAAAGGCCAGACCGUCACCGUACUAACGGAGAAAGAUGCUCUGCUGGACGACUCCAAGGAACUGAACCAAACCAACAAGUCUACCGAUGAAAAAAACUCUUCAGCAGCCAAGACCCUGAUGAAAAUGACUUCUACAUCCUCAACUAAACUGCAGACUGACUGUCCCAAGACCACACCCAAAGGGACGAGGGUUAAUACCAAGGCUCAGCCAAUCACGGCUAAGGGGGCUGUCCACACCCUCAUUCCUAAAUUGCCUGGUUGUGGAAAUAAUAGGUUUGUGAAGAUCGAAGGUUUACCGGAGACUGGCUAUACAGAGGAAGAUGUUCUGGCUCUGGUGAAGCCUUACGGAUAUAAACCUGGACUCUACAACUGUUUCAUUCUGCCUGCACAGAGAUGGGCCAUAGUCCGUAUGGACGGAGUACAGAAGAGCUCUGUUAUGGUGACAAACUACACACAGUCUCCUCCCAAACUACUAGACUGUCCCCUUUCCUUCACGUUGAUCUCCCCUGAUACAGGCCUCGUUCAGGAGAAUGUCUACACAACGCUGAAGGGCCUCACCACUUCGGACACGACAUUGAAGGAACGCCUUCUGAUCGUCAGUAACGUCCCCACGGGGACUACGGCAACCCAAGAGGUUCACGACCUCGUCAAACGCUUCGGGUCCUACCUCGAUUCGCUAUCUCUGAUCAACAGGAUUUAUUUUGAGAUGGAGUCGUCCUCGAUAGCGAUGGCGGUAUGUCUUCAUUUCCAGAAGUUCCCCUGUGUAGUUCAGAACAAGCCUCUGAAGUUCAACAUGCUGGUCAAGGUUAAACACCCGGCUCAGCCGCAGCUCCCAGCCAAGAAGAAACCUGUCACCAGCACCAGAGCCAAGAAAAAGACUGUCCAAGGCAAGAAGCCUGUCGCUAAAGGAGUGGCAACACCAGGUAAAUCUGUUCCUACCACACAGCCUGUGGUUACCCAACACCCGGGAGAUAACGGAGGCGCCGUCCAGUCCAGUGACACCAUAGCGAUAGACUCCGAUGCGACCGCAACGGAACCCAGUCCAGUCGUCAUGGACCCCGAUGACCUGAUGACGACCAACGACGACCAAAGCCAAACCACUGCAAAACCGGAUGGCGAGAAUGGAGAAACCAUAGCAACCGCUACCGUUCACGCUGCUAGCGUUGCUGGUUCUGUACCAGCACCGGUAACAUCAGCUCGCCCAGUGUCUGUAAAAGGUGAAGACAAACUGUUAGACUUCAGUCCGGUAACUCAGGAGAUCCUGAAGGCCCUGGAGGCAGCAGUGCACCAACACCGCCUGGGGAGACAAGCCGAGGAACAAAGACAGGACCAGGGAGAGAAGGACAAGCCUCCAUCCGACAAGAAGAGCUCUGUAGCUGGGGAGAAGGGGGAGACCAAGACCCCGGCUGGAGGACUGAACCAGGCCCCAGCUCAACCAGAGAAGAAGACUGGAGAGGAGACAGUGACACAGACUCAACCAGAUGAGAGAAAUAGACCUGCGCUUUCUCUGAAGAAAAAAAAGCUACAACCUGAGACCGAUAAAAAGCCUCCAACCACACCAGCGAAGAAGACCACAACACAGACGGAAGGUGCAAAGAAACCACCUUCAGGCUCUGGACAACCAAAGAAGAAUCAGGGGAAGACCCAAGUCUAUGGAGGAAGAGGCAGGCGCAGGGACCAUUCUUCCCCAGGAAAGAUAGACUCUUCCAGGCAUAGAAGCAGCCGGGCGGCCUCCGAGGAGGAGCAGGGUCCUCCGACGUCGAGACACGGCGACUCCUCUAGCUCUUCUUCUGGCUCCUGCAGGAGCAACAGACAGGACGGCAGUCCCGCCAAGAAGAAGGGGAGGAAAGAGGAGGAGGAGAUGAGCAAGGGCCACCGUAGUAGAACUAGCCAGUCUUCUAGGAGUGAGUCUAGAGAUCAGGAGGCAGCAGAGAGAAAGGGUUUUGGCUACGUGGUGGAUGAGUUCACUUCUGACGUCAAUCCUAGUGACGCCAACCCAAUCGACCUGGACCAGUUCAACAUGGAUGAGUUCGUCACCGUGGACGAGGUGGAAGGGGAUGAGGCGGACAACGCCAACCCACCAGAAUCAUCAUCUUCAUCACCCAACCCACCAGAGCCAUCAUCUUCAUCACCCAAUACCCAAGAUGGCACCUAUGGAAGGUUGGAACGAUCAUCCAAACGCAAGAGGGGUACCCCUGAUACCCCAAGACCCCUGUCCAAAAGCACUCCCACCCCACCCUCUUCUACCUCUACCCCCCCUGGACAGAAGACUCCACGACAAGCCGCAACAGCCAAAAAAACGCAGGUGGCAAAACCUCAACCACCUGCCACCUCCGGACGCAAGACCAGGUCGUCAGCUGCAGCUGCUGUUGUCGCGAUGGAAGCCGCAGAAACCAGAGAAACUGUCACUGACGAUGACCCCACAGUCAGGAUGGAAGCGGAGCCUCUUCCCGUGGAGCUUCUGUCUCAGCCAAUGGGGGGAGCAGCCGCUGCUCAGUUGGUAGAGGAAGUAGUGGUCACAAAGGGAAGUGACAUGGAGGGUGUGUUACCGUCAUCCGACCACAAGGUGUCAGUGUUGGGCACGGCAUUGCCGGCGAACAAGGAAGCAGAAAGUGCUGGGUCAGAGAUUGAUAUGGAGACAACAGCAGAAAAACCUCCAGAGGUAGACGGGAGCGAGGUAAAGGCCCAGGCUAAAAAAGGUGACUCGAUUCUGGGUAGCAAGGCUCAGAAUGAAGGCUGCACACUGGAGCUUGGCUUGACUGAUCCGUCUUCCACAGCCAAGGAGCAAGACCUUCAUACAACCCUAGAACUACAAGGGCUUGAGACGGUGUCGGGUCACCAAGUGCCCCAAUCACUUGUUGACAAAGUGCCCAAAGACAAUGUGGGUUUACAGAUACUAAACAAAACCGUGGAUGACACCGUGGUGCCUGCAGCCUCUGAAUCUACGGGUUCCCAGGAGCUCCAAACUACACUAGAGGAACGCCAAGACGAAGAAGAAUCUGCUUUCCACAUUCUGGACUCCGAAGAAGACCGAAGAGAUUCUCUACCCAGAGAGAUGGAAGGGUUCCACAUCCUGGACUCUGUAGAUGAUCAGGUGGCUAUGACAGAAGCUCUGGAAAACCAUUCUACUGAAUCUAAGGGUACCUCAAAACCCCAGAAAGCGAGUUAUAAAAAGGGUAAGGGUAAUAUUCAAACGAAGGAUGGCAAGAAGAUAGCACAAACCCCUGAGAAGAUACAGACCCCCCCAGUGGAGUCAGAGAGGGGUGAGGGAGGUACCCACAAAAAGACUAACCGUGUCCCCUUGGAUGAGGUGAGUGAGGAAGAGGAGAGUUACAUUGACAACGCUGCCGAAGAGGAAGAGCUGAUGAAGAGACAGAAACUGGCGAAGGAGAAACGGCGAGACAGAGAAUGGGAGAAGGAGAGGAGUAGAAAGCGGGUGAGGAGCAGAGAGAAGGAGCAGGAAUGGAAGAAAGGGAGGUUCAGUGUGGAUACGGAAUGGUUGGUGACUCUGGAUGAGAUUGGAGGAGAUGGGGAUGAGAGAGGAGAGGAGGGUGCGAGGGAUCAGGAGAGCGGAAUAAAUGAGGCAGACCUUCAAGAAUUGGUCACUCUGGAUGAGAUCGUUGGCGAGGAAGGAGGGGAGGGUCCUUGCCCAGAGCCACACCCAUUCAGGCAGGAGGACGAAUCAGGAGACUCCUUCAACACAGAGACUAUGGUGACCCUGGAUGAGACUGGAAGUGAUCAUGAGAUGGAGGAAGUGCAGCCCAAGAAGUCUCCAGAACCAGCCCAGACCCGGCACACUGACAAUACAGGUGAGGACUUUGUGGUUUCUGAGGCAGGGUUCUUCUGUAAGCUGUGUUCUCUGUCUGGGAGUGAAGACAAGAAGACCCACUGCAGUAGUCUACAGCACUGUCAGAACAUGCAGAAACAUUACCCGAAUCAUCAGAAGCAACAAGCAGGAGGUUCUAGCCAAGGCUCCGCCUCCAAGUGACCCCUGACCACACCCCUGGGUGUGUCUAAAAUGUGACCAUUUCCCCAGUGCUCUGGUUGAUAGAUAGGGCUCUACUAUAAUAGGGUGAUAGAGUGCAGUUUGAUAUUUCAGCUGGUCUAGGAUCAGGUCCCCCAUGUUCAUAUUGUCUUAUUCAUUAUGAUUUAAAAGGUGAAACUGGUCCUGGAUCAGCCCUCCCUCUAGUCUGAGACGUUUUGUGAAUGCGUGGCUAUCGGGUCCAAUAUGACACAGAUUUUAGAAUCAUUUGUUUUGUUCGCUUUUUUUUGGGGUGGAUUUAAAUAUCAUUAAACUGUUUAAUUUAUCCAGAGUAACUCAGUCAGCAGAGACCAGACAUAAUGUAUGUAUACGGGAAAGUAAUAAAUGUCGUUUUUAUUACGAA